UAAAGGUUGAACGUGUUCAGAGAACAUUUGGCAACGUGUUCCCGUGUGACGAGCCGCUCGCCAGCCCUGCCACUGCCUGUGCGACCUCCAGUAUCGCGCAGGAGCUUGUGAGAGUCGCGCGUACAAGCGUCUCAUACCGCUGGACGCCAGCGCUCUCCCGAACACUCCGCGCUUCCCAUAACUCGCAUGGACUUUCCACUAUUUAAGGGUUGACCAAAGAGGCGCAACAGUGUGCUUGUGAUUGUAUUAUAUUAUAAAAGUGUCCCGAGCAGUGUGAAACAUUUUGAAUAAGCUGUAUUAUAAUAUGUACAGGCCUGCGAGUCGUGACGGACUGACACACUGCAUAAAAGUUACACAUCGAUAGACGGUCCCGUGUACGGGAGAAAACGACAUUAACGGGACACUGCCGUCCUGCUGGUGCGCCCCGAGGCCCGGCACACAGUGGAAGCCGUGUAAUACAGUGAAGCGGUGCCUUGACCAGCACGACUUACAGUGACAGCGGCAGCGGAAGUCAGGCAAAAAGAAAGUGUUUAGUGGCACUCGCCCCAGCGCUGUGCCGCCCGCCGCCCGAGCACCAGGGCACCUUCCUGUACCUGUAUCGCCAGGUGAGAUAUGUGACUGACGGGAAAAGAAAAUUUAAAUGUGAGAGUGAAACAAAACAAAUAUAUCAGUGUAAGGAAACCAGAGGUUCGCCUCAGGCCUAAGCAGCCCCGGUGCGUCGUGAGUUGUUGUCACCGGAACAAACACGUAAAAAAGAAAAGCGAAAGUUGUCAAUAAUUCUCUCCGGCCGAGCAGUUGUGCUGCCUGUGAAACUGACUCGUAAGUGGCUGACUCGUUCUCGUGAGAACUGACAACCAUUGUUCCUUCUGAGGUGAGACAAAUCCUCUUACUGCCUCUCUCCCCCCCUGACGAGGCUCCCCCUCCUCACUUCCUCCUCAUCCCGCCCUGCAUGACUGUGGACUGGACGCGUCACUCUCGUCCGAGGAGAGGGUCCAGACUCAUGUGAGGUGUGUGUCUGGAGCCAUUACUUGUCGUGUGGGAGCUACUGGUGGACCUGUGCCAUCAGACACCUGUGUGCGUGUGACUGAGCGUUGCAGUGGUCCGUGAUGCUGAUGUUGGGUUAUCGCCUAACCUGACGGAGAGAGACAGUGAUGGCGUCCCGGUGGCCGAAGGUUGGGGUUGUGGUGCUGCUCACGGCAGUGCUCGUGAUGGUGGUUUCCUCCAGCCAUUGCCCUUCCGUGUGUUCAUGUCGCUGGAAGUAUGGCAAGCAAACAGUGGAGUGCAAGGACCAACAACUGGCGAGUUUGCCUUCCGGAGUUGACGUUGAAACACAAGUUUUGGACCUGAAUGGCAACAAUCUUCAGACUCUGCCGCAAUAUGCCUUCAGGAGAGCAGGACUCAUAAAUCUCCAGAAAAUUUACCUGAGUGAUUGCAACAUUGGCAGUAUUGACGACACGGCCUUCGCCCAGCUCACCAACUUGGUGGAGUUGAACCUGAGUGACAACCUGCUGACGGAGGUUCCCGCCCAGGCCUUCUCUCACGUGCCAGCCCUGAGGGACCUGAAGCUUCGGGGAAACAGAUUGCGUGAGAUUCGCAGUGACAGCUUCGACCACACUCCCUCCCUGGUACGUCUUGACCUCAGUUACGCGGGCAUCAGAAAAGUGUCGUCCAGGGCCUUCAUUCACCUCACCCUUCUGGAGAGCAUUGAGCUCCAGGGUAAUCACUUGAAAGAGCUUCCGGCGGCAACUGUGCAGAGCCUGAAGAAAGUUCACGGCCUGGAGGUUCACGAAAAUAACUGGAUAUGUGACUGCCGAGCUCUGCCUCUGUGGCGGCUGCUGGAAGACGAGGAGUAUGGCGUCCCGCACCCGGUUUCCCCCUCCUGUGGAAGCCCGGAGCGAGUCAGGGGGAGACUCUUCAGUGAUCUGACGGAAAGGGAUUUUGCUUGUCCUCCUAAUAUUCGACACAAUGGUCGCAUCGUGCAGGGCGUUGCAGGGGAAAAUGCAACGAUUGCUUGUCCCGUGGACGGCCAGCCUCCACCCGAGGUGAUGUGGUAUAAGGGAGAGGCGCCUGUGGUGAAUGGCUCUGUGAUAGGGCUGGGUCCUCAGCGCUUCUAUGUCAUCACUGAGGGCAACAGAAACUUGGUGAGUCGCCUGGUUAUUACAGGAGCACAGGAGACAGACUCGGGGCCCCUGCGGUGCGUAGCCAUCAACUCAGCUGGGUCAGCGACCGCCAACUUCACCCUGGCGGUCACGAUGCGGGCCGCAACACAGGCCAAGCUGGGUUCUGGCCACAUCGCCGGGAUAUCAGUGGGCCUGGUGAUGCUGGCACUUAUCGCCCUUGUGGUGGGCUUUCUGAUCCUGGCCCGCUCCCGCACCACCGCCUCUCCCAUCCCCGCCAAGGACUCGCCUUCCACACCCUCCUCAGUUGAAGCCUCUCCAAAUGAGCCCAAUCCUGUACAGAAGCCUCCGCGCCUCACUGACGUCAACGGGUCGUCCGCCGCCUACAGGGCCUCCGCCUUAGGUAACCCCGAUGUAAUCAACGAGGCGGAGCGGGUCGUGCGGGCGGUCAACGGGCACCUCCCCAAUGGAACAGUGCAGGAGGUGAGCGAGGGUGGAGACUACACUCGCGUCGAGGGAGACUCCUUGUAUCCUAGUGGCCUCUGGCCUGAGGAAGGUGACUCUAAUGAGGCUGUGGACAACCCUGAGGCAUCCAGGGUCAUACACGAGCAUUUCAACCCCGGCUAUAUGCCCAACGACCCUGCCUAUGAUGGCUACGGUCCGCUUCACUCCACUCCGUAUCGGGCAGGUUACAGUUCUCAGGACGACGUUGAUCCUCAAAUAUAUGGUUACCCCGCUGACUAUGGGCUUCCUAUCCCCGAGGCAGGUAAUGACCCUCGGGGGACAGAGUGGAACAUGAGCAACCAUCGUGGGCCACAGGAGGAUGUUGAGCCGCAGCCAGACGCCUACGACUCGAGGCAGCGCCUGUAUGAGUCUCAGCAGGAAGUGUACAGCUCAGGGCAGAAUCUAAAGGACUCCAGCCAAGACUUGUACGGGGUAAUGGCGGGUCGGCCACCUGUCUAUGGCUACAGGCAAGAAGUGUUCGGGUCCCGGGAGCAUGUGCCUGAGGGUGCCGAGAGUCCACAGUCCCCAACACAGCCCCUGGGGGAGCGACCGUGGGUGCCGGGAUCCCAGGCGGCGCCGCCUCACGCUCGCGGGGGAGUGCAAGUUCUCCCGCCUCUACCAAAUGGCAUCGCUCGCAUCAAAGCUCGUGACUCUCCCGACGAGGGCUACCAGGAGGGGACGGAGGUGUAGCGGGGUCGCAGGGCCCGUCAGCGUGGCGGUCCCUGCUUACUCCCGCCCACGCCCCCACACCCCUCUAGCUCGUCUGCACCUGCUUCCUCCAGCCCGUCUUCUCCCCACGCCUCUCAGCCCUCACCUCAGAGUCCCCAGAGUGACAAACGCCAGGAACUGAUGCGUGAUGCUGAGUGAAGGGACUCUGAGGUGGAACUCGAGUGGCCUGAGUGUCAGUCAGGGAUUGGCGAGGACUGGCGGCAGCGUGCCAGCGAAGGGAGUUUCGCGCUGCUCCGUGCCGCGUCGAGGAAGGACGGACAUUGCUGUAACCCUCGCCGGGAGUCACCAGACGUCUGAGUGUAAGUCUGAGAAGUGUUUGGCCGAGGAGCAGUGGUGGUGAUGUACAGAGCCGAGCCACGAUGUAUAUAUAGUGUAAACAAGGUACUAUUUAGUAAUUGUUAUACGGAGAAAGAAAAGACCCGAAACCAAAGUCUAAGGCAGCCGCGACCUUCUGUUUCCCAGGUGGUCGGGGUCAACAGGUCACCAGGUCGUGUGUGUGUGUGUGUGUGUGUGUGAAAGAGAGAGAAAGAGAGCAGCUGCAUAGUCUCGCCCGGGGCAGCUGCCCGGCACCAGCUGAAACUAACCUUCAACAAAUAUUGUAUCUAUCGUGCGUAAAAAUGACGUUGUAUUUGGUGUUAAUUGUGUUUCGAUGCUCCGAUUCUAUCCAUCUCGAGAGGCAAUGCAGAGGUUGGUUCUCGAGACGGCGGGUGGCACCUCCAGCGCCGCCUUUAUCAAGUUACUUCAAUAAUUAGGACCAAUAACUAUACUCGCUUUAUUAUUUCCUUAAAAUCCCCACCGACCACAGAUUUUUUUCUAUCUUUUAUAUCGGCGUGAAGCCCUGGAGGCCCCUCACCCUCUCCCUCUCGAGACCCUGAACCGCCGACCGCCCGUGGAGGGAGGGGGACGCAGCUGCCUCCAGGGGCUCACUCGAGGACAUAUACGAGUUUGCGUGGAAUAUUUUCGUGUGUAGUAAAGUUAAUGUUGUGGCAGAGCUGCCUGUCGUGCCGUGGAUGGGCAACUGGGGACGACUGACCUGCACACCCGACAGCCCCCCUCGACGACUGACCCGGAACUGAUGGCCAGCCCGGGCCGCGAGGGGCGCCGCCCAGCUGUGUGUUACUAGUGUCGGGAACUGAGGCCUCCAGUCUGACUUGCAAAGUAAAGUUUCCGAAGAGUAAUGGAAGAGUGGGUCUCUUAAUGGGGCUGAGGUACACAUCACUUGCGUCACAAAACCUCUACCACUCACAAACAAAUCUCAACUGUUUUAUUCAGUUACGUGACCUUCAAGCCUUCCUAGUCUACAAUCAAUAAUCCAAUCUUUACACAAAAUUUGCUUCAGAACUCACGUCAGUCAACACAAGGGAUAUGUUUUAAUUUUUAUCCAAUUACCUAUAGUUGGGUUGCACUAGAAGACAGACAGCAGGCGGUUCUGCUAACAUAGUGGCCUUCAUGCUGGCGCCUCAGACAUACAUGUUUUAAGUCGGGUCGUCGUAGGCGAGGCUGGCGGAACACGACGUGCCAAAUACAUCACCAUGAGUCCCCAUUGGCCCCCCGGCCGACGCGCGGCAGACGCAGUCACUAGACCCAAAGUUACAUAGAGCUUUAAAGCCCGGCCACAGGUUAUCCAGUUCGUUCAGGUGAGACGGAAGAGGGAAGGAGACCCACCUUGAAAUUAGCUCAAAGUCUGAGUGCCGUGAGUGGCUGGCGCGGAGUAAUUGUCAGUUUUGCUCCUCGCCAGUCUGACACGGAAGCAAGACCCCUUAUUUGUUUCUCCCUCAGAUUGCCUCACGUCAGCUCCUCAUAACUGCCUGAAAUCAGAAUGAGAGGCACGGUAAUUGCUGUCUAAUGAACUAAUAUUAUACUGCUGGACUAUAUUUGGGCAGUGAUGAUACUUGCACUAUUCUUGCAUGACGAAAUUUUUCUUAUUAGAUACGAGUGCAGCCAUAAAGCCAGAUGAUGGAAUAAUUUACUAAGAGAUAAUAACCGACACUAACAACUUUGAUACCGGGAAGGAUGGGGGAAGGGAGGGAGGGUUUAACAUGGAUGGUUGGGCUUCAGGGCAGAAAAAAAGUACCGUCACAUUGAAGCUCACAAAAGUCAAGGGAAAAGGAAAACAGGAACAAAAACUAGAGAUAUCAAUAUGUACGUACUACUGAUAAAAAAUAAGUCAACAUAACCUGCUCUUCUACUUAAUGCUUCAUAGACUAAUCUAAAGAGAGAGACAAAGAGCUGAAGGGGAGCUGGAAGGGCCUUUCAUACGAGUCCUCUGGCGUGACUUCUUACCAUCAAUAGCAGACAGUCAAUACAAUAGGAGCCGCAGGUCACACCACAACCACCGCCAACACCGCCAUCACCACCACCUCGAUGAAGCCUUUUUUACCGCGAUCUAAGGAGUCAAGGCUGCCGUAACGGGUCGGGGUCAGGCAAGCGUUCCCCUUAAGUCCUCGAAUGGCCACAAUUUGCUGCAGUAAGGCGCCGCGAUCACUACCCCGCCCUGCUCUUAAGGUCUGAAUGGUCUGUUAUUGAAGGGCUGCGACGGGUGGUGAGAGGUGAGGGUGGUGGUGGAGGAGGCGGGAGGUGGUUGUAGGGGUGAGGUUAGUGGUAGGUUAUCAUGUGUGUGUGUGUGUGUGUGUGUGUGUGUGUGUGUGUGUGUGUGUGUGUGUGUGUGUGUGUGUGUGUGUGUGUGUGUGUGUGUGUGUGUGUGUGUUUAAGGCUGGCCAACAGCACGAUGGCCACAAAGGAAUCCAUUAAUCAUGCUCUCUCUCUCUCUCUCUCUCUCUUCAUCUAAGCAUGUCAUACACACACACACACACACACACACACACACACACACACACACACACACACACCAUUCUUAUAGUCUCGAUUCAGCAGAGGGUGAGGUUGGCUGAGGAGGAAGAUAGGGUGGGGAGUGAGGGAUGGGGGGGGGCGGGGGGAAGAGGCAGAAAGGGACAGUAAAAAGUUAUUGAGGUUGGAAGGAACACCGGGUCGUAUUCGUUAACAUGUCGGCGCCUAAGGACACAUAUUUGACAACGUAUGAGUUUUGGGCAUUUCCAGCGGUAGUUUGAUGACCCUGGUGAUAGAUUGACCCUUCUUUUGUACCGUGAACUUACCAAAACACUCAUUAGAACCCGAGUGAUCUACUUUUAGGCUUUUGGAAAUAGGUGAUGAGAGAGGCGGAAGCGUCUGAAAAUAUCAACCACAAUAUUUCACCAACGAAUAAGACUUGAGACAAACGAACAUAUGGUGUGGCGCCGCGGACAUUUGUUUACUAAAGAACAAAUUAGUGUGGCCGCGCACCUGAUGAACGGCGAUUGUCAGCUGUGAUUGGUGGUGAUUGGAAGGUUUUAAAGGCAAUAAUUAUAACUCAUCGGCGCCAAGUCUUAUUAAUUGUAUUUGUUUUAUUCUUUUUAUGUUUCGCUAAUUGUUUGAUACGUCUCGUUUUCCUCUCUUGGUUUUAUGUGUAUAUUUAUUUGUUGUCGUCGUCGUCGAAGUCAGCACUGCAUUCAACAAAGAAAAAAUAUAUAAACAUAAUUGAACAGAGAAAUGGAUAUCUGUAAUUCUGACACUCUAUGACCUCUAUAUUAUAUUCAUUGACAUCCAUAUUAACCGCUACUUCUACUACUACUACUUUUACUAUGACCGGCAGUCCUGUAUAUGAUGAUUCUCGUGGCAUAGAUGCAGUAAUAACGACAGUUAUAGCACGAAAAAAUAAUAACAAUAACAAUAAUAAUAACGUAAAAUAAUAAUGAAUAAGUGACACAAAGAAAUCAGUGCACACCGUUGAAAAAAAGAAAAAAAUACCGAUUUAGUCCGACCCGCUUGGUGAACCACAUCAAUAAAUGAGCGUCACUGUUGAAACCCACAUUACUCAAUCGAUUCAUUCCCUCGCCGUCACCUUCACCGGAGCCUCCCCUGCAGCGCCGCCUCGUGAGACUGGCCACCUCACUCCUACAGACUAUCGCUUCUCACUUCAACUAUUUCUAAGGGCCGAACGGAGAUAAAUCGGGCUCUGAUGAGUGUUUUUUUAUGUUCAUGGUGCAGAGGAAGGGUUAAACUAUCACAAGGGUCAGAAGACUACCCAUGGAAAUGCCACCCCCCCCCACACACACACAACUCCUACGAAAGCCUUGUCAGAUGUGUGUGCUUGAGAAAGAGAUCAGUCAGAUUCCCACGAGUGUUUUUUUUCUCGUUUUGGGGUCAGAAGCCUCGUCAAACUAUCACCGGAUCAUAACGCUAUCCAUGGAAACACCCGCCACAGCUCCUACGAAAGCUUUGUCAAAUGCGUGUGCUUGAGAGAGAGAUUGAUUGGUUUCUAAUGGGCGCUUUUUUCCACGUUCAUGGUUCAGAAGCUUCGUUAAAUCACCUCCACGACUGUAAAACCACCGAUGGAAAUGCCCAAAACUCCUACGAAAGCCUUGUGUGCUUGAGAGAGAUUGAUUGGGUUCCCAUGAGUGUUUUAUUUUCCGGUUAAUGGCUCAGAAACUGUCAAACUACCACCAGGAUCACAAAACUACCCAUGGCAAUGCUGACAACAACUCCUACGAAAGUCAUAUCAAAUGUGUGUGUGUGUGCGUGUGUGUGUAAGUCCCGACAUGUUUGAGAAUAUCGUCCCUAGAAACAUACAGAACACACCCACACGCCCGCUAUGUCAGGACACAAAUAGAGUCACUCAGUCGAUGUGGCGCAAGAGAACGGGGAGGUUGUGACGUGAGUUCUCGGAAGUGGGAGGCGAAGCAGGGGAAAGAUGAGCAGGAGGAGGAAACCUGAUGUAAAUUAAGCGAUGUAGAGGAUGAAACAAGAGGGGAAGUUAAUACCCUGGAGAGCUGAGUGUGUUUGUGUGUUUGUGUGUGUAUGUGUGUGUGUGUGUGUGCGUGUGUGCGGACGGUAUACCUCGUUGGGAUUACACACACACACACACACACACACACUUUCUCUCUCAUUAAAAAUUCGUGACAGUAAAAAAAAAAAAAAAAAAAAAAA